GAACGUCAGUGGAGGAGGGCUCCACGUAAAACCCACAGAGGCAGACGGGUUGCGCAGCGCCAGUCCUCAGCAACAGGGAGACUCAAGCAGCUGCUGCGGAGGCCGGAGUAUUCUCCAUUAGGAGAAGGGGAGAUCUUUGAGGGGACCUUUCUACAGUUAACCAAGACGGGUGAAUAUGCCGUGAUCCACAACCAACCCAAUUUAGUUAUGGUUGGCAUUUUGUCCAGCAGUCCAGGUUUGCUACUUCCAGACAUGAUGGUCAUUGCCCGGGUGAGAAAAGGCAUCAGAGAUAUAGAGGCAAAGGCUAAAGACCUGGAAGUUACUAGGUUGAUCUCUUUAAACCUGGUGGCGUUUCAAGUACAUAGCAUGAAUGAACGGCAGCUGAGAGUGAAGAUGGCAAAUGGCCGGAAAUAUUAUCUGCAACUCUGUGCCCCUGCAGGGCAAGAGGACAUCAUCUUUCAGCGCUGGCUGCGUCUCAUUUACGUCUUGAAUGUGGCCAGUGGCAGGAUCAGUGAUCCAAUCAGCUUCACGUCAACGCAAUCUGGGCUCCACACGAUAUGGAAGAGCGCUAGCUUUCGUGCUACGCCCGAGAAGCAUUGGCUUGCAAUUGUCAUGGCUGAAGAAGACUCCAAUGAAAUAGUGAAGGAGCAGCUGCGUGAAGCCAACCUGGUCAAGAGCACGUCAAGAUCCCUGGAAAGUGCCCCUGUUGCAAAACGUAACAUCCGAAAAUCAGGUGUUGCUGGCCGCUCUGCUCAAGAAACACGUGGAAUCCCAGCCAGGGAGGGGCACACGUCCAGAUCACCACCAGCCACUUCUGCCCCAAGAUCUCCCACCUCAGCGGCUGCUGGACCUCGUGGAGUGGGUGCUAAGGCAGCCGCCUCUAACCCAUCCAGGCUACUCAGCUGGCAUGAUCGAAUGACUUCUGGGAAACUGGCCACUUUGGCUCCUCCUUCUAAGUCUGGGAGUCGGAAUCGGAGCAGCCCCUCAUGUUCACAGACAGCAGACGUAAAAUCCCCAAAGCCAAGCAGGCCACAGACUCCUUUAAGCCCCUCCCCAGAGCAGAGGCGCCCCCCUUCUAAGAGUUCAUCCCCGAAGGGAAAGGAGCCUUCUCUACAACUCCGCACAGACGUGAAAUCCCCAACGCCAAGCAGGCCACAGACUCCUUUAAACCCCUAUCCAGAGCAGGGGCGCCCCCCUUCUCCGAGUCCAUCCCCGAAGGAAAAGGAGCCUUCUUUACAACUCCGCACAGAUGUGAAAUCCCCAACGCCAAGCAGGCCACAGUCUCCUUUAAGCCCCUCUCCAGAGCAGGAGCACCCCCCUUCUCAAAGUCCAUCCCCGAAGGAAAAGGAGCCUUCUCUACAACUCCGCAGGACAAAGGCAUCGCUGGCAGUGGGACCUUCUGAUCAAGGCUGGGAUAAUGCGGGUGUGAGGCCCUCCAAAGUGGGUGGCCAAACGUCAAGACCUCAGAGCAAAGCACUGGAAACAGAAAAACAAAGUAAAGAUCUAGCUAAACAGAUCCAGUCCAGAAGCGCCACAGGGAAACCACCCAGGAGCAAUAAGUCCAUAAACAAAUUGGGAAAGGCUCUGAGUUCAGCAAGACAAAGAAGCAGCCCUACUUUCAUAACCAUCUAUAGUGUCUUGUCCUCAUCGCUGGAGAGACUGAAAGGCAAGGGUGAUUACAAGAAGUUGUAACUGAACCACUUUGAAAGGACCUUGUCUGGAUUGAGUCCACGGCACAUUUGGUUCCUGUCACAGCCCGUGUUGAAGUGAUGAGUGAACCAGGAUACUACUCAAUAAAGGUUACUUAUAUAUAUAAAAGGAAAUUGGAACAACUCGUUGCUAUGGAUAUGCCAAGUAUCAGACUAUUUUUUAAUAAACAUAGAAGAAGGAAGAGGAGGAGGUCUUGUUUUCUUUCCUUUUCUGGUUAGAGCCAAACCCAACCAGAACUCACAGAUUGUUGACACAAGGGCUUGAUGCCUGUGACUGUAAGCCAGAUGCUUACCCUCAAGUGCAGGGGUUGGCAAACUUUUUCAGCGGGGGGCCGGUCCACUGUCCCUCAGACCUUGUGGGGGCCGGACUAUAUUUUGGGAAAAAAUAUAUGAACGAAUUCCCACAAAUAACCCAGAGGUGCAUUUUAAAUAAAAGCACACAUUCUACUUAGGUAAGCCAUUCCACACACACACAC